AUGCCUGAAUCCAUGGUCCUCAAAAAUGACAUGAAGGUUGUUAUUGAUUUUGAGGUCGAAGGUGAAGGUUACAGUGACCUUGAAAGCUUCCUGCACGCGGCGCAUAUCGAGCGGAAGGCGUGUCACGGUCCCCACUGCUCGGGUCCCGGCACCGGGGAAGUAAAUUCUGCCAUCGUGAACUUGGCCCUGCACUAUAAUGAUGACCUCUGUCUAGAGAUUCUGCUCACUGACUGUAGUAAACACGUGACCCAGGGGGAUGAGAUCGUCUGCGGUUCCAAUGGACACACCUAUGAAAACCACUGUCAUUUUGCGCAUGCGCGAUGUGAAUACUUUUUCAACCAAGAACACAACAAAGAUGUGCAGUUGUCUGUGGCAUACAGAGGCGCAUGUGCUGCCACCACGGUGGCCCUUGCCGCCAUGACAACCACUUCCGGUGCUGCUACAACCGCGGGCGGAGUGACAUCAGGCGUGCCCGCUUCCUCCUCCAUGAUGACGACAACGUCAAUAAUGGCCUCGACAACAAUGAUGGACUCGACAACAAUGAUGCCGACGUCUACGACGAUGGUGAUGGCGACCACGGAUCCGGUGAACUCUAUUAUUGCCAAUGUGUUUUGUCAACAGAUGGACUCUAUCAACUGUUCCGGAGGAUUUAAUGUCGUCUGCGCAUCGGACGGGAAGUUCUACCCGAAUGACUGCGAGCUGUCCAAAGCUAAAUGCCACGACUCCACCAUAACGCUGGAACCCGACGUGUCCAGAUGCUCCGCGCCUUAAGAAGUUUUGUUUUGUGAAAUGUUAUUUUCUUCACAAUAUUUUCCUGAAUUAUUAAAUAGCCCAAGCUAAA